UGUAAAUGUCUUCUUAUCCAUAUCCAUAUAUUCUCUUGCAAGAAUUUCUUCCUUUACAUCUUUUCCAAUUAUAUUAGUACAAUUAUUCAACAUUUGUUCUCCUUUUUUUUUUUUUUUUAUUAAAAAAAAUACAAUCCAUUUAUCUAUCCAUCCCUAUAAAUUGGCUAUCAAAACUCAAUUCUACACAUUUUCUACUAACCAAGUAAAUACAUUCAAGUGUUUUCAACUCUCAACUUCCCUUCAAAAAAAAAAACCUCAACUCAUCUACUUUCAAAGAAAAUAUAAUGGAUAGAGUAAAUGAGCUAGCAAAAUCCAAGGCAGCUGUAAUUUUCACAAAGAGCUCAGACUGUAUGAGUCAUAGCAUCAAGUCCCUCUUCUACGAGCUCGGAGCUAGCCCGGCAGUGUACGAAAUAGACCGUGAUCCUAGAGGUCGUGAGCUCGAGAUGGCAUUGCAGAGACUAGGGUGUAAGCCUACAGUCCCUGCAAUCUUCAUCGGUGGCAUGUUCGUGGGAUCGGCCAAGGACGUUCUUGCUGCCCAUCUCACUGGUUCUCUUAAAGACAUGCUCAUUGCUGCUAAAGCUAUUUGGUUUUAGCAAUAUAAACAUCCAAAAACAAGGAUGUAUAUAAGUACUUUUUUUUUUUUCCCUUUUCUUUUUUGGUUUUAAUGGAGGAAAUUUAUGGCCUCCAGUUUAAAAAGAGCUGAGCUAGCGCAGUGCAGCAUUCUUUGAGGGCUUUUCGUUUUUUGUAAGGCCUUGAUAUGUAGCUGCAUUUUGUGAAUAACAUUGUAAUGUAACAAAAAGAGAAUUAUGAAGUAAGGCUUCAGAGAUGUUCUCUGUCUCGUAUA